GAUGCUUUGCCUUCAAUGCAAGGAGAACAGGAAGCGGCCUUUCCCUCUCACCUCCGCCGUCUCCUUGAGAAGCAGCAAACACAACGAACACAUUGAUACAAGAAGAAGAAGAAGAAGAAGAGGAAGUCUCCUUCUUCCUCGGCUUCGCCAUGGUCGCCCCUUUGAUGGGAGGCGCUGCCACGCUCCUCUUCUUCCUCGUCAUCGUUUCCUCGUCCGCGUUGCAGCCGGUAUCCGAAGGUUCCGCCGCCACAUUGCCCGCGGCGGGAGCUUCGUCACCUGGCGGUGUACAGAUCAACUCCAACUCGGUGCUCGUAGCCCUCCUCGACUCCCACUAUACCGCCCUCGCUGAGCUCGUGGAGAAGGCCCUACUCCUCCCCUCCCUCGAGGCCGCCGUCGCUCGCCACAACAUCACCAUCUUCGCCCCUCGAAAUGAAGCCCUCGAGCGCGACCUCGACCCCGACUUCAAGAACUUCCUGCUCGAGCCCCGUAACCUCCGUUCCCUCCAGACUCUUCUCCUCUUCCAUGUCCUCCCCCUCCGCAUCACUGCCUCCGACGUCUGGCCCAGCUCGAUCCACCACCCCACUCUCGCUGGUUACCGCAUUCACCUUGCCGACGGACACAAGGUGGGUCUUGCUGCCGUAGUUACUCCUGACGCGGUGGUCCGCCCCGACGGCGUCAUCCACGGGAUCGAGCGGUUGCUUGUGCCCAGAUCUGUGCAGGAAGACUUCAACCGCCGGCGUAGUCUCGCUGCCAUCUCCGCGGUUCUUCCCACCGGCGCCCCGGAGGUGGAUCCCCGCACGCACCGCCUCAAGAAGCCAGCUCCCCCCGUUCCUCCCGGCGCCCCUCCCGUGCUCCCUAUUUACGAUGCCUUAGCCCCGGGGCCGUCGCUAGCGCCGGCACCAGCCCCCGGGCCGGGUUCCGGCAAGCAUUGGUUCGACGGCGAGAGCCAGGUUAAGGACUUCAUCCAGACCCUUCUCCUAUACGGCGGCUACAACGAGUUCGCUGACAUUCUGGUGAACUUGACGUCGUUGGCGACGGAGAUGGGGCGGCUUGUGUCGGAGGGAUACGUGUUGACGGUGUUGGCUCCUAGCGAUGACGCCAUGUCGCGGUUGACGGCGGACCAGCUCAGCGAGCCCGGGGCGCCGGAGGCCAUCAUGUAUUACCACCUCAUCCCGGAGUACCAAACAGAGGAGAGCAUGUAUAACGCAGUCCGGCGAUUUGGGAAGGUGCGAUAUGACACGCUGCGGCUGCCGCACAAGGUGGUAGCAAGGGAGGCGGACGGCUCCGUCAAAUUUGGCACCGGCGAGGGUUCCGCUUAUCUGUUCGACCCUGACAUCUACACCGAUGGCCGUAUCUGUGUACAGGGUAUCGAUGCCGUGCUCUUCCCAUCCGAUGAGGACGUGCCGACGGUUCCUGUUUCUCCCGCUGCUCGGAAGGCUGAAAUCGCUCAGGUCAAGUCGAAGGCCAAGCUCAAAGCCAAACUUAGAAGAGGGAAAUUGUUAGAAAUUGGCUGCAAUCUGCUCGAUGCGCUUGGUCAGCGUUCUCGCUUCUCUACCUGUCAAUAAACAAAAGAAUGAGACAAGAAAAAACUACAGGUAAAACCAGAACAAAGCAAUAUAUUACCUAUCGAUUAGCUUUACUAAAUAAUAUUGAUUCUGAAUGGAGGGGAUGGAUGAACUUUGUGUUGGUAAUGGUGACGAUGGUGAUUACUGAGAUAUCAAGAAAUGUAUAGCAACAUACUUGUCCGCAAUGCAGAGUCAUUCUUCAA